AUGUCAAAAAUAGAUGAUUCAUUGGAGUCUUUCAUCGAACUAAAUGACUGGGACGAAACUCCCGAUCCUAGCAAAAAUGCAGACUGUUCUUCUUUCGACGAUGAGGACCUGGAGCUCGAUCUGAGGGAUCCGCAAACUUUUCCGCUGGCGCUUACAGCAAUGUGGAUGAACACAGCACUAUGUGCUUUAGAUGGCACCAUCGUUUCUACCACAAUGAAUGAGAUCGCCUCCACCUUCCAGCAGGCGUCGAUGGUAACAUGGGUGGCAACUGCUUACAUGUUAACUACUUCAUCCGUACAACCUUUGUACGGCAAGACGAGCGAUAUAUUAGGCAGGCGAAAGUGUCUACUUUUUGCAGAGUUUAUGUUCAUGUUGGGUCUCGUGCUUUGCGGGCUGGCACGAUCCAUUCCAGAACUAGCUUUUGCUCGAGCAAUUUGUGGUAUUGGUGGGUCUGGCUUGGGUGCGAUGUGUAAUAUCAUACUUUCAGACCUUGCUCCUCUUUCACAAAGGUCCGUAUAUAUGGGUUGGGGCUCCGUCAUCUGGGGGACGGCACAAAGUAUUGGGGGUCCAUUAGGUGGAUUAUUAUUGAACUGGUUUGGCAUACAUGGCUUAUUUGUCGUUCAAAUACCUUUCUGCAUUAUAAGCAUGUGGCUUACUUGGAAGUAUAUUCAUGAUAUUGAGGAUCAGAAGGAUGGAUCUUGGCAGGACAUUGAUUUUGGUGGCAGCUUUUUCCUUAUGUGUGGAAUUUCGGCGUUCAUUUUCUUGUGUUCGACUAACGAUGUCUCCAGUAGCGAAGAGUUCUCUCCAACUAAAAAAGUUUGUCUUUUACUCACGAUCAUGUCUGUUAUAGGAUUUGUACUGGUGGAGAAAUAUGGGGCUAGACAAAGCAUUCUACCCAUGUACGUUCUGAAGGGUACAUUAGGCUUGAUCGGGUUCAUCUACGGUCUUGCUUCGAUGCUAAGUUAUGUCGGAUUAUUUAUUAUACCGCUCUAUCUACAGCUUGUUUGGGGGGUUAGCAUCACAGGCUCCGGAGGGUAUAUUAUUUUCACUGUCUUGUCCACUUCGGCAGGGUCCUUUCUAUGUGGAUGGAUUUUACGGAAGUUUGGCAGUCCUAGUCGCGAAAACACGCUUUACAACUCCGGAAUGAUGAUUGUCAUUAACACCAUAAUCAGCGUAAUUGGGUUUUCAAUCAUGUUCAAAUGCAUAACGAGCAUACCACCCUCCAUUGGCAAUGAAAAUGAGGUGCCAUGGGCACAAAAAUUCAAAUUCGUGCUAGGUUUCAUUAUUAUGGGAAUGUCAUUGGGCUUCCAAGGUGUCGCGGUGAUGUUGUAUAACGUAGCAAAGGUUGGGAAAAAAGGGCAAGCCGCGUCCACUAGUGUGACAUUCCUUUUCAGAUCGUUAGGGAACGUUCUUAGUGUUUCAAUCGCUUUGGGGAUUUUUGUGAACAGUCUGAAGAGCGACUUGAGAGCUCACUUUGAUGGUAACAAUAAUGAACUGUACGUUCAACUGUUAAAAGAUAAUACAAGCGUCCGCACUGCGUCGCUUUCAGCUAAUGAAAAAGGGACCAUUUUGAACAUAUUCAAAUCAGCAUUGGUUAGUUCAUUCUAUCCAAGUAUUAUCUGCUGUAUACUCAGCGUGCUAUCGGCAUUCCUCUUAUGUAUUUUCCUGAGAAAAAGCAGAAGAACUUAA